UGAUUGGCAGUGAGCUCCAGCAGCUCGACGGUGAGACAUGGCGGAGUUUUCAGCCGCACAGAAAGGGCUCCUCAAGAGUUUCCACACUUUCACAACACGCCGAGAGGACUUCAUUUAAGGACGACGUCGCUUUCGCAGCAGAGCGGAGCUUAAAGAGGCAGCGACGUCGUUUCUUUUUUUCUUUUCUGUUUAUUUUUUUCGACAAGGACGGAGCGGCGGUUGGUGAAAAUGUGUUGUCAUCUUCGCGCAGUCAACAGCCUUGGGCAACAAAUAUGGCUACUUCUUGUGUAUCCUUCAGUUCGGGCUCAAACCCGUCCCGACUGGGAGAGUUUCGGUAAGUAGUCCGAAGUGAAGUUGACUACCAGAAAGAUUAAGAAGCUGGGUUUUUGUCCCCCCCUCCCCGAAGCUAAACCGAAACGGAGAGAAAAGGAGCGAGAGGAGGAGAUGGAGCCCAAACAUAAAGAGUUGUUGGAGAAAUGUUACCAGAACUUGGUGGAGUCGAUAACAGAUGCGGACCGAGUUGUGGAUGUUUUGGCUCACUGCGGGACCCUGAGCCAGUCUGAACGCUACGAGCUGGGACACAACUGCUCCUCCAACUCGGAAAAAGUGGACCUUCUGCUGAAGAUACUCACAAGUAAGGACAGAGACCAUUUCGCAGAGUUUUGCUCAGCUCUGGAGGCGACGCACCCUCACCUGCACUCGGUUCUGCUCAAUGGCAUCGGACCGGUGGAUCAUACAACCGGGUCCACUUACAGCGUGUUGUCCACCAUGCCGUCGGACUCGGAAAGCAGCAGCUCUCUCAGCAGCUUAGGUACUCCUGGUCAAGCCUCCUCCCCUCCGCCUGCCCACAUGGAAAGCCACCAGGUGAACGAGAAGAUGGAGACGGUUCUGUUCCAGCUGAGACAUGUGACACGCGAAAGGGACGACCUACGCAAACGUCUGGCCCUCUCUUCACCUGGAACCACCUUCGAUGACUGCAGACCAAACUCCAAAGCAGGUCAUGACUAUGAGCGUCUCAAGCUGCAGUGCAUGAAGGCAAUGGCAGACCUGCAAUCCCUGCAGAACCAGCAUAGCACCACCCUGAAGAGGUGCGAGGAGGCAGUGAAGAAAGCAGACUUCUACCAUACGCUGCACAGCCGUCUGGCCAGCGAGCACACCCAGCUGAAAGAGGAGCUGGAGGCAGUAAGACAGGACAACAUCCAGCUGGUCAGAGAGCACAACCAUGUGAAGCAGGCCUGCGAAGAGCUGAGGCGGCUACAUGACGAUGACCAGAGGGAAGUGGCUGAUAUGAGGAUGCUGCACCAGCAGGUGAUGAGAGAGGGGUCAUCUGAUGUCCUUAACAAGCUGUAUGACACAGCUGUGGAUAAACUGGAAGCCAUGAAGAGUGACUACGAGGCUCUGAGGAAGCACUACAAUGAGAAGACGGCAAAUCACAACGCAGACCUGAGCCGUUUGGACCAGGCUGAGGAGGAGAACCAUCGGCUGCAGAAGCAGCUGGACAUGCUGCUGAAACAGAGAGAUGCUGCCAUCCACUACCAGCAGCAGUACUCUUCCUCUAUUAGAAGGUUUGACAACACGCAGCAAGAACUUUCCAAAGCCACAGCUCAGAAUAAGGAGCUGCAGCGAGAGAUGGACCGGCUCCAGUCAGAGACGACCCGGCUGAAGACCCAGCAGCUCAAGGCAGCGAAGGACAGUGAGAAAUACAAGGAGGAGCGGGACUCUGUGAUCAGCGAAUACCGCUUGAUCAUGAGCGAACGGGACCAGGUGAUCAAAGAGGUGGACAGGCUUCAGACAGGCCUGGAGGUGGCAGAGGCAAAGCUCAAGAACACUUCCUCAGAGAGACGAGUGGCCAACGAGGAGCUCGAGGCUCUCAGACAGGAGCUGGCCUCAGCACUGGUGGACAGGGACCGGGCAGUGUGUGAAAAGAAUGAGCUGCUAGAGAAAUACUGCCACGAGGUGAAAGACAAGACUGAGGCCCAAAAGGAGCUGAACCAGGCCUGCAAAGACAUCGAGACAGUGCGAGAGGAGAGGGACGUGGCCCGGAAGGAGAGGACAGAGGCCAUCAUCCAGAGGGACCAGCUGCUGCGAGAGUAUUACCAGGCCAGACAGAAACAAGACUGUGCCACUCUGGACAUGGAACGAGCCAACAAGGAGAUCGAGAUGCUGAGGAAGCAGUAUGAGGCCAUAUCUCAGGAGCUGAAGGAGGCCCUACAAGAGGCCGAGGUAGCCAAGUGUCGACGGGACUGGGCCUUUCAGGAGAGAGACAAGAUAGUGGCAGAGAGGGAGAGCAUACGCACGCUGUGUGACAACCUGAGACGAGAGAGGGAUCGAGCUGUGAGUGAUCUGGCAGAUGCUCUGAGGAAUCUGGAUGACAUGAGGAAGCAGAAGAACGAUGCUUCGCGGGAGCUCAAAGAACUAAAAGAAAAGUUGGAGGACCAGUUAGAAAAGGAAGCAAGAUAUCGCCAGCUAAUGGCUCACAGUUCACAUGAUUCAGCCAUAGACACAGACUCAAUGGAGUGGGAGACGGAAGUUGUAGAGUUGGAGAAGCACAGAGACAUGGAUUUGAAAGCACUUGGGUUUGAUAUUGCUGAGGGGAUAAAUGAUCCCUAUUUACCAGGAGAUUGCGGCAUAUUUGUCACUAAGGUGGAUAAAGGAAGUAUUGCUGAAGGAAGGUUAAGGGUGAACGAUUGGUUGUUGAAAAUUAAUGAUGUGGACCUGACCAACAAGGACAGGACGCAGGUGAUCAAAACGGUGCUGAGUGGGGAGGGAGUGAUCAAUAUGGUGGUUCGUAGAAGGAAGUCACUGGGAGGACGGAUCAUCACUCCGAUCCAGAUAAACCUGGCUGGACAGAAAGACAGUGGUAUAGGUUUGGAAAGUGGAGUGUUUGUUGCCACUUUGGCUGCAGGAAGUCCAGCUGCCAGGGACUGCAAUCUUACUGUUGGUGACAGACUGUUAGCUAUCAAUGGAAUUGCACUCGAAAACAAGUCACUCUCUGAAUGUGAGUCUCUGCUGAGAAACUGCCACAGUUCUCUGAGCAUCUCCCUCAUGAAGUUCCUCCCUCAGAGCUCUUCUGGCCAGAGUUUAUUUGAAACUUUGAGAGACUCAGAAAAGACAUCUCGUGUCCAAACCUGUGAGGUCCACACAAGGAACUGCAGGAAUUCUAAGCACAACUGCUCCACACAAACUGACAUUUGCAGCUGCGACUUGGGCAGCAGAGAGGAGGACACAUGUAAAGAUACAGGAGACUCUCUGGAUAGCAGCAGCAGCAGUGCUCAUUCCCACCACAAACCAUUUUCCAACAGCUCCCUACACUCCCACUCCCUUUCCACUUCACACAGUUCUUCAGAGCCCCACCCAGAGUUCUGCUACAGGAGGCAGGACCUCCACCAUCGCCCCUUCACCUUCACCCCUGUUAUAUCAGACUGCACCUCACCUCAGGCCGCUGUGGACCAACUACAGAGCUCGCCUGUGAAGGCCAGCGGAGGCACUUGGCCCAGAGUUAUAGCAGGAGCUUCUAUUCCAGAGUGCACUCAGCUCUCCAUUUACAAAAAACCCAAACAGAGGAAGUCCAUCUUUGAUGUGAAUGCUUUCAGGAGACCCGAGACAACUCCAAAACUGGACUAUAUGUCUCUCUCUCAGUUGCCCAAGCACUCACCGCAGAGCUCAUUGUCUGAAUCUGCUCAAACGCCCCCUACCCCUCCAGCCAGGAGUGACUCAUUUAGGUUCAAACACCGGCAGCAGAACAGCUCAGCAUCCGACUCCACCAUCACCACAGGCACACCACCGGCCUCCCCAGCCCAAGCAACCAGCCGACAGGACGACGGAGAGGUGGGAAAGCAGCAUUAUUACACCGAUGCUCCUCCAGGAGAGACAAAGACCAACUCCAAGAAACCUGCUGAGGAGGAGGGGAGUCGACACAGGACAGAGGUGCUGGAAAAGAAGAGGUACCGACCAAAAUCUGCACCAGCACUACGACGAAAUGUGACUCCAUUACACAUCCCCGUUCCCAUGCAGGUACAGAGUUUCUCUAAUGACGAACACUCCCCUGAACCGAUGGACUUGUUACGCUUCUCUCCUAUGCGAACUAAUCGGUACAGCAUGCAAUUUGCACCUCCAAGCUACAGUAGCAUCACAGCACACCCAGCACAAAGAGGUUUAGCCCCAUGUCCUGCUGUGACAGCUGUCAUGAGGAACCCUGUCUACACAGCCUGGAGCCACGAGAUCCAGACCAACAACUGUCCUCCCGCUCCCAGCUCAGGCAUUCACCCGCAUUCACACACAAGCCCCCAGCAUCAAGGUCGCCUCAGCUUGGACCUCAGCCAUAAACGCACUGGAGACAUGACUGAGACGAGCUGCAGCCAACCGCCACACAGCACUCACUCCUUGCCCUCCAGCGCCAGACUUAGUUCCUCUGCUACUUUGCAGUUUAGGGCAGAACGCAUUAAGAUCCCUCCAACUCGUUAUCCUCGCUCCACUGGAUCUGACAGAGGCUCCCUUUCACAUUCGGAGUGUAGCAGCCCGACCCCUCCAAUGUCCCCUGUCAACCUGGAGACAUCGUCUUUCACCAGCAGCCAGUCGCAGAGCUCCAUUUCCACCCAGCCCAGGAUAUCAGUCAGCCCUGCUCCAGUUGGUGACAGACGAAAGGAUGGGCCUUACUUGGAGGAACCACGCAAUGUGACGGUGCAGAAAGGAGCAGAACCUCUCGGUAUCUCCAUUGUGAGUGGAGAGAACGGUGGGGUAUUUGUGUCCAAAGUGACAGCAGGCAGCAUCGCUCAUCAAGCUCGUUUAGAGUAUGGAGACCAACUCCUCGAGUUUAAUGGAAUCAACCUUCGCAAUGCCAACGAGCAGCAGGCGCGGCUGGUCAUCGGGCAGCAAUGUGACACAGUCACCAUUUUGGCUCAGUAUAAUCCUCACAUGUUUCAGCUGGGCAAUCACUCUCGUUCUGGUUCUCGGAUGGAAUCCAUCAGCAACCAGCCGACACCCCGGGAAAGCGGAGCCACCACCCCAGACCAUCACUCCAAUGUUGAUACACUGAGUGAGCAGGAUGAGGGCACCAUGACACCACCAUCCAAGCAGACAACUCCUGCCACCAGUCCUCACAGCUCCUUCAGGCUUCCUGGUUCAUUUACAAACAGGAGUGCAGAGUCUCGACUGGUGAGGCUGAAGAGAAUCCAUGUAGAACUAGGAGUUCAAAUUUGUGGAGGAAAUCUUUAUGGCAUUUUUGUGGAGAGUCUGGAUGACGACAGUCCUGCUAAGAGUGCUGACGGCCUGUUGACGGGAGACUUGAUACUGGAGUAUAAUGGCAUUAGCAUGAAGAAUAAAACUAAAGAAGACGCUUACCUGGAAUUGCUGAAGCCAGCUGAAACAAUCACAUUCAAGGUCCAGAACCGUGUAGACAUCCUUGCUGAAAUAAAGGAGUCUCCUGGAGAUGGAUUUUUUAUAAGAGCACUUUAUGAGAAGGUGGCAGAAGUAGAGCAGGACCUGAGCUUUAAGAAGGAUGACAUCCUGUAUGUUGAAGACACAUUACCAAAUGGCAAUUUUGGCUACUGGAUGGCCUGGCAACUUGAUGAAAAUGCACAGAAGCUGGAGAAAGGGCAGAUUCCAAGUAAAUACAUGAUGGACCAGGAGUUCUACAGAAGACACAGCAUGGCUGAUAUGAAAGAUGAUAAUGGCACCAGCAAGACUCUUUCUGCCGCUGCUCGGAGGUCGUUCUUCCGUCGCAGGUUAAAGCACAAACGCAGCGGAUCCAAGGAUGGCAAGGACCUCACGGCUCUGGAUGCCAUAAGCACAGAUUCUUUACCCAUCACAGAGGAUGGAGUGAGCCUGAUGUACCAGCGCGUUCAGAAGGUGGAGUGUUCGUCGCCUAGACCAGUGCUGGUGUUGGGUCCUUUAGUGGAGGCCAGUAAGGACAUGUUGGUAAAGGAAGCUCCUGCCAAAUUCUGCCGCUGUCUGCCUGAAAUUAUGAAGGCAUCUCAGCAGGCAAUAGAGCGUGGAGUGAAGGAUUGUGUGUUCAUUGACUACAAACGGAGGAGCGGCCACUUUGACGUGACAACUGUUGCAUCAAUAAAAGAGAUCACAGAGAAGGACUGUCACUGUUUGCUUGACAUUGCCCCUCACGCCAUCGAACGUCUUCACAGCGUUCACAUCUACCCAAUCGUCAUAUUCAUUCGCUACAAAAAUGCCAAGCAGAUAAAAGAGCAGAAGGACCCUUUGUACCUGCGGGAUAAACUCUCACAGAAACAUUCCAAGGAGCAGUUUGAGGCGGCACAGAAAGUAGAGCAGGAGUACAGCCGCUUCUUCACAGGCGUUGUCCAAGGAGGCAGCGUCUCCUACAUUUGCACUCAGAUCAUGACCAUCGUGGAGCAGGAACAGAGUAAAGUGCUGUGGAUUCCAGAUGGAGCACCGUAGAAAUCUCACCUCACUACAUGUCGCGCAUAAACACGUUACAGGGUGUGGUUUUUAUUAUGGGAUACGGAACAAAUCGGUACAUCUGUACGCUGCAGAGACACAUAUGGUUUAACGUCCAAUACUUUUUCUCAUAUUCCAAUAUCAGCACUGAUGGUGAUCAUGCAAUAUUCCCACUACAAUAGUAAUGUACUGUACUACAGAUAGAUUUGUUUACACUAGUAUUUAAUACUUGAAUGUUUUAUCCUCCCUUACAUCUAGUAGCUCUCCUUUAUUCCCACUUUGUCCCAUGAACAUGUCGGACCACAAGAAGUCAAGAUGGGCGCAAACUGAAAACCUUAUUCUUGAAAUGAAGUUAAAUCGGACCACUGUGUUCCUUUCUCUAUAUUUAUACACAUUUUCCUGCCAUUUAAUUUAUCUAAUCAAAUCAAAGAUGUUGGUUAUGAACCUUUUGUUAUACAAAUGUAGUUGUCUAGUUAAUAGGAAGGAUGAUAUUUUACUAUUAAUGUUCUUAUUUAUAGAGGAGAAGUUGUGGCAGAUUUGCUUCCUUCACAUUAUGUUGCAGUUUUGUGUUUUUAUGAUGCUGUCUGAACGUACCGUUCUUUGUUUUUUCCAUUUCAGUCCUCAAACAUAAUAUUGUGCCAAGCUAAAAAUAUCUGUUCAUCACUAUACAUUCUUGAAUUUAUUAACACUACAACUUCUAUGGUAAAUCAUCCAGCAGGUUUGCUAGUUUUAACCAUUUUGCCCGGGUUUGUGUGUUCUACUGGUAUUGCCAAUAUUGUUCCUCUUUGUCAAGUGGAUUUUUUUUUUUUAAGAAGGGAUGUUUCAUUUCUGGUUCAUGGUUGGCUGUCAGCUAAACACAUGUUCAUGUUGAAUUUUCAGUAAAAUCAACAUUUCAUCUUCAAGUCAGAUGAAACUCUUUAGGGCAGGUUUUUCUCCAAAUGAAGGUUUCUUAUGAAAUAUUAAAAACAGAGCACAGUUAAUGGA